AUGCCCCCGCCGCCGGGGCCGGCCCUCAGCUAUCAGAAGCAGCAGCAGUACAAACAUCAGAUGCUUCAUCACCAACGAGACGGGCCUCCUGCUUUGGUUCCCAUGGAGCUGGAUUCCCCCCCUGAAUCUCCCCCUGUGCCGCCAGGACCCUAUAUGCCCCCCUCUCAGCCUUACAUGCCUCCACCCUCGUACUACCCUCCAUCUUCGUCCCAGCCCUACCCGCCUCCUGCUCAGCCGUCUCCUUCGCAGUCCCCACCGCCCCAGCCGUACCUGGCGCCCACCUCUUAUUCUUCCUCCACCACCUCCACAUCCACCUCCACCUCUUCGUCCUCAUCCUAUUUGAGCCAUUCCCAGGCCUACUUGCCCUCUUCUCAGGCAUCUCCUUCCCGCCCUUCCCAGGGCCACCCUAAAUCCCAACUCCAAGCUCCACCACCACCCACCGGACCUUCUGGGAAUAAGGCAACUGUUCAGCAAGAGCCUUUGGAGAGUGGACCCCAGAACAAGAAUUCUGAGAAGCCGCAAGCCACGUCUGAGCCAGAUCCGUCGAAGAUGACCCCACAGGAACAGCAACAAUAUUGGUACCGACAGCACCUGCUGAGUUUGCAGCAGAGGACAAAAGCGCGUUUGCCAGGACACAGAAAGGCUCCUGUUGUGGCAAAGGAUGCCCCAGAGCCAGUAAAAGAAGUAGUUACAGGACCUGCUGCCAGUCAAGGAGCAGAACCCCCUUCGUCUGAGGAGCCCCCAUUACCCCCCUCUAGUGAAGAAGUGCCACCUCCUCUCCCACCUGAGGAACCCCAGUCUGAAGACCCUGAGGAAGAUGCCAGGUUAAAACAGUUGCAGGCCGCAGCCGCACACUGGCAGCAGCAUCAGCAACACCGCGUCGGCUUCCAGUAUCAGGGCAUAAUGCAGAAGCACAAUCAGCUGCAGCAGGUCCUACAGCAGUACCAGCAGAUGAUACAGCAGCCGCCACAUAUCCAGACCAUGUCGGUAGAUAUGCAGCUGCGGCACUAUGAAAUGCAGCAACAACAGUUUCAACAUCUCUACCAAGAAUGGGAGCGAGAGUUUCAGCUCUGGGAGGAGCAGUUCAAUUCCUAUCCUCAUAAAGAUCAGCUGCAGGAGUAUGAGAAACAGUGGAAGACAUGGCAAGGACAUAUGAAAGCGUCUCAGAACUAUCUCCAGGAGAAAGUCAAUGCACUUCAAAACAUGAAGAAUCAGUACAUGGGGAACAUGUCAAUGCCACCUCCCUUUGUUCCGUAUUCUCAGAUGCCUCCUCCUCUACCAACCAUGCCCCCUCCAGUCUUGCCUCCAUCAUUACCACCUCCUGUGAUGCCCCCAGCCCUACCUUCCACUGUGCCCCCACCUGGCAUGCCCCCACCUGUGAUGCCGCCUUCUCUGCCAACCUCCGUGCCCCCACCAGGGAUGCCUCCAUCUCUCUCUUCAGCAGGGCCACCACCAGGUCUUCCCCCACCUUCACUCUCUACUGCAGGGCCACCACCAGUUCUACCCCCACCAUCUCUCUCUUCAACAGCACCUCCACCUGUUAUGCCCCUUCCACCGUUGUCUUCUGCUACUCCCCCUCCAGGAAUGCCUCCCCCUGGAGUUCCACAAGGCAUACCUUCUCAGUUAACGAAAGGCCUACCAGCUUCUAGUUCUCAGAGCUCACAAGUUCCAGAGAAACCUAGACCAGCACUACUUCCCACUCCUGUGUCAUUUGGGUCUGGCCCACCCUCUACUUACCAUUCUCCAAUGCAGUCAGAUCAAAUGAAUUCUAAAGCUCCUUUGAUUAAGUCUGCUCCACCAUACAGUUCGUUCUCAUCUGAGCAAGGACUUGGGGAAUCUUCAGCUGUUUCAACUGGAGUCAAGGAUAUGCCAGUGAGGUCAGGUGGACUGCUUCCAGAUCCUCCUAGAAGCAGUUACUUGGAAGGCCCAAGAGGUCCAAGAUUUGAUGGUCCUCGAAGAUUUGAGGAUUUAGGGUCAAGGUGUGAAGGACCGAGACCCAAAGGGCCUCGUUUUGAAGGAAAUCGCCCCGAUGGGCCAAGACCCAGAUAUGAAGGUCACUCAACAGAGGGCACUAAAAGCAAAUGGGGAAUGAUUCCCCGGGGGCCAGCAUCUCAGUUUUAUAUUACCCCCAAUACAUCCCUAAGUCCUCGACAGAGUGGACCACAGUGGCGAGGCCCCAAACCAGCUUUUGGACAGCAACAUCAGCAGCCACCUCCUAAGUCACAAGCAGAGCCUCUAUCAGGAAACAAAGAACCGUUAGCAGAGACCAAUAGUAACCAGCAGAAGAAUUUAAAAAUUCAAUCAGCUGCAUUUUCCGUUACUGCAGAUGUAAAGGAUGCCAAGGCGGCUCAGUCAGAUGAGAAUCUAAGCGACUCUCAGCAAGAGCCACCUAAAAGUGAAGUCUCGGAAGGACUUGUAGAGUCUUCUAGUUGGGAUCAGAAUUCUCAAAGUGUGGAGACUGAAGUGGACAAAGCCCAAGCUGUUACUCAGUCUGUAGCCCUUGCAAAUAAGCCUGAACCUUCUCAAUCUGCUUUUCCUUCAAAAUCAGGGGGUAUGGAAGGAGGAGAUGAAGCAGUAGCAACAUCAGCACCGUUAACUGCAGAUAAUGAUUUUAAAUCUCUGGGGAUUGGUCUACCCACUCCAGAAAACAACCAAGAAAAGGGGUUGCUCCGGUCAGAUAACAGAGAGAAUAGAUUAGAAGGCAGCAGUUCCUCUUAUAGAGGUCCUGGGCGAAUGGAAGACACACGGGAUAAAGGUCUGGUAAACAGAGGUCGAGGCCAGGCAGUUAACCGGAGCCCAGGGUUGGUCAAGCAAGAGGACAUUCAUGAUAAGGUGAUGGGUAGACGAGAAGACAGUAGAGAAAAGAUGAUACGAGGAGAAGGCAACCGGGACAGAGGGCUUGUGAGACCUGGAAGCAGUCGGGAGAAAGUGCCAGGUGGUCUGCAAGGCAGCCAGGAGAGAGGUAGAGCAGGCAGCCGAGAGAGGGGACCACCUCGGGGGACGAGCAGUCAGGAGAGAGGACUUCCCCGGAGGGCUGGGAGUAGGGAGCGAAUACCACCACCCCGAAGAGCUGGGAGCCGGGAGAGGGGACCACCUCGAGGGCCUGGCAGCAGGGAAAGGGGGCUGGGAAGACCAGAUUUUGGUCGUGAUAGAGGUUCAUUCAGACCAGAACCUGGAGAUGGUGGGGAAAAAAUGUAUCCAUACCACCGAGAUGAGCCUCCUAGGGCCCCCUGGAAUCAUGGAGAAGACAGAGGGCAUGAAGAAUUCCCAUUAGAUGGUAGGAGUGCUCCAAUGGAACACGAGCAACUUGAUGAUUGGGAUAGAGAUAGAUACUGGAGGGAGAGUGAGCCUGACUAUCAGGAUGGCGCCCUGGAUCCGUAUAACAGAGAGGAUAGGUUCUCAGCACCGCCAUCUCAGUCUCAUGAUGGAGAUAGGCGGGGCCCUUGGUGGGAUGAUUGGGAACGAGAUCCGGAGAUGGAUGAGGACUACAACAGGGAACUGGACAGGGAUGUGGAUCGGAUUGGAAGACCCAUGGAUGUAUAUGAUAGAAAUUUGGAUAAUGAAUGGGACAGAGAUUAUGGGAGACCACUGGAUGAACAAGAAUCACAGUUUCAUGAACGGGAUAUUCCAUCUAUUCCAUCUUUACCAACCCUCCCACCUCUUCCACCUUUGGAUAGAUAUCGGGAUGAUAGAUGGCGAGAAGAACGAAAUCGAGACCAUGGCCAUGGGUACGAUCGAGAUUUCCGUGACAGAGGCGAACUGAGGAUUCGAGAGUAUCCAGAAAGAGGAGAUGCAUGGCGGGACAAGCGAGAUUAUGUUCCUGACAGAAUGGACUGGGAAAGAGAACGGUUGUCAGACAGAUGGUACACAUCUGAUAUGGAUAGACAUUCCCCCAUGGCGGAACAUCUGCCCUCCACGCAUCACUCCUCUGAAAUGAUGGGGUCGGAUGCAAACUUAGACUCUGACCAAGGCCUUGGAGGGGUAAUGGUUCUCAGUCAGAGGCAGCAUGAAAUCAUUUUGAAGGCUGCACAAGAGCUGAAAAUGCUUCGGGAACAGAAAGAACAACUUCAAAAAAUGAAAACUUUUGGGUCUGAACCACAGAUGCCUGACCAUCCACCACCCCAGGACUCAUCGCGAUUACAGAGCACAGUUUCAAGACCUGGCAUGUAUCCGCCUCCAGGACCCUAUAGACCACCCCCUCCUAUGGGUAAGCCACCACCAGGUUCAAUCAUGAGGCCUUCAGCUCCACCAGCAAGAUCAUCUAUUCCUAUGAACAGACCACCUGUCCCAGUCCCGCCGCCUCUGCCGCCUCCUCCAGCGAUGAAGUCACAAACUGCUGGUGUGCAGCAGGAGCGCUGGGAUGAAGAUUCUUUCUAUGGCCUUUGGGAUACAAAUGAUGACCAAGGACUACGUUCAGAAUUUAAGUCAGAAAAUAUGACGAUUCCCUCAGGGCCCAUGUUACCCCUCCCACCUGUUCACCCUUCCAUUCCUCCUCCUGGCCCAAGGCCCAUGGGUAUGCCACCGAUGUCCAACCAACCUCCAGUGCAGCAGACUGUUGAUUAUGGCCAUGGCCGAGACAUGGCCACUAGUAAAGUUGAGCAGAUACCCUAUGGGGAGAGAGUAACUUUGCGCCCAGACCCGGUACCUGAGAGAUCAACUUUUGAGACAGACCACACGGGCCAACGUGAUCGUUAUGAUAGAGACAGAGACCGUGAGCCAUAUUUUGAUCGUCAAAGUAAUGUCAUGGCAGAUCAUCGAGAUUUUAAAAGGGAUCGAGAAACACAUAGGGACCGAGACCGGGAUCGUGGUGGAAUGGACUAUGAUCGAGAUCGAUUCGACAGAGAUCGACGAUCCCGAGAUGAUAGGGCUCAGUCAUAUCGAGACAAAAAAGACCACUCUUCAUCCAGAAGAGGGGGGUUUGAUAGGCCCUCCUAUGACCGGAAGUCUGACCGACCAGCCUAUGAAGGGCCAUCCAUGUUUGGAGGAGAACGAAGAACUUACCCAGAGGAGCGAAUGCCCUUGUCCACUCCUGCGCUGAGUCACCAGCCACCUCCAGCUCCACGGGUUGAAAAGAAACCUGAAUCUAAGAAUGUUGAUGACAUUCUGAAACCCCCGGGCCGAGAGAGCAGACCUGAGAGAAUUGUUGUUAUAAUGAGAGGCUUGCCUGGCAGUGGAAAGACACAUGUCGCAAAACUCAUUCGAGAUAAGGAGGUAGAAUUUGGAGGACCUGCACCCAGAGUUUUAAGCCUGGAUGAUUAUUUCAUUGCUGAAGUAGAAAAAGAAGAAAAAGAUCCAGAUUCUGGAAAGAAAGUGAAAAAGAAGGUAAUGGAAUAUGAAUAUGAAGCUGAGAUGGAGGAGACUUACCGAACCAGCAUGUUCAAAACCUUCAAAAAGACUCUGGAUGAUGGCUUUUUCCCUUUCAUCAUCUUGGAUGCCAUCAAUGACAGAGUUCGACAUUUUGACCAGUUUUGGAGUGCAGCAAAAACCAAGGGUUUUGAGGUAUAUUUGGCUGAAAUGAGUGCUGAUAACCAGACUUGUGGCAAGAGAAAUAUUCAUGGAAGAAAGCUUAAAGAAAUAAAUAAGAUGGCUGACCACUGGGAAACUGCACCUCGUCACAUGAUGCGCCUGGACAUUCGUUCUCUGCUACAAGACGCUGCUAUUGAAGAGGUAGAGAUGGAAGAUUUUGAUGCAAAUAUUGAAGAACAGAAAGAAGAAAAGAAAGAUGCAGAAGAAGAGGAAAGCGAACUGGGUUACAUUCCGAAAAGCAAAUGGGAGAUGGACACAUCUGAGGCAAAGCUAGACAAGUUGGAUGGCUUGAGGACUGGCACUAAAAGGAAGCGUGACUGGGAGGCCAUUGCCAGCAGAAUGGAGGAUUAUCUCCAGCUCCCUGAUGAUUAUGACACUCGUGCUUCUGAGCCUGGGAAGAAGAGGGUGAGAUGGGCAGACCUUGAAGAAAAGAAGGACGCAGAUAGGAAAAGGGCCAUAGGUUUUGUGGUCGGACAAACUGAUUGGGAGAAGAUCACAGAUGAAAGUGGUCACCUGGCUGAAAAAGCCCUCAAUCGAACCAAAUACAUAUGAGACAUAGUUUUUGAAUGGAGUCAUUGUUCCUCUAAGGUGGUUCGCUUUGAGGUGGUCAGAAGCCAAGACCGCACGGAGCUUCGUUGUGUGUCACCUUGCUUCCACGUUUCAGUUUUUGUUUAGUAUUCUACUGCUUUAGUUUUUUAAAGUUCUCCAAUGUCCCCAAGAGGUAUUAGAAUCUUGCUGUACCCAAGCAAGACAAUGAUUUUUCUUUUUGACUAUUUUGGGGCGGGCGGGAGUGGUAGCUUGACUGCUGAAGCCAGGUGGGAUCCACUGGAGGGAUUCCAGCGAUACUUCCUUCACUGGACAGUGUCACAGACUAUCUCUGUCAUCAUUGCUGUGGCUGCUUUUUGUUUUUACUGUAUGUAAUUGGUAGCUGAUUGUACUAGGAUUAAAAACAAUAAACUUUCAUGAUAAAGCCA